UUAUUUACAUUGAGCGUCAAUCAUAAACAAAAGUAUCAAAAUUUUUGCAUCUGUGUACGCAUCAGCGUUUAUUUUACGUAUGAAAAUGUUUUAUCUACGAAUGGAUUAAUCUUCCACAUCUGAAUAAUAAGUUGAAAUAUGUGCAUAUGUGCUAGCGACUCGUGGUGAGAAAAUCGAUAACAUGAAGGAAGAAAUACCCGAAAAAAUGGCCCCUGAUUCGGGGCUUCAAACGCAAACAAAUACAUUGAUCUGCCGGUUGUGCUUCAUGGAAAGUGAUCGGUCAGAGAAGAUCUUCGAUGAAGGCAAAGACUACUUCAGCAAGUGGAUUGAAAAACUUACUUCUCUAAAGCUUGUUUACAUUCCAAAUGCUCCCGCGUACUUAUGCUCGGACUGCAAGUCUACGCUGGAAACGUUCGACUCGUUCCGGGAGAUGUGCUUCACCAAUGAUCUUGUGUUCAAUGAAACAUUCUGUGGGAACAAUGUCAAAGCGGAGAAACCGCCUGUAGUCGAAGUUGAAGGUCAAUGUGACGAAGUUCAGGUAAAUAAUACCGCUUUUGAGGAAAAUGCUAUAAAUGUGGGGGAUUACGAAAUAAGCAUCCAGGAUGCAGAUGAUAACGUUGUAAUAGAGAAUCCGCCGGCCGCAAUAGAGCUGCGAAAUAUUUUUCUUAACACAGAGAAUGUAAGCGUUGUGAAUGUUGUCAACAAGGACGUCCAAGUACCCUCCUCUGCAGAUGUCAUACCUCUCGAAAGAUGCAAAGUAUGCAAUGAAAAUGCAACCAAGCUUCAUUUAUUGACCCACAAGAACAAACACAAUUUCUUUUGCCUCUGGUGUUCGAAGAAGUGUAAACAGUUCGAUCAUAUCAUAAGACACAUGGCUUGGCACAAAACCCGUAAAAUGCAUUUAAAACCCAAGAAACAACAAAUACAGUUAGAGAAUAAAAGUCUCGAUCCGGGUGAUAAGCUUGCUAAGCGCAAAAAAAGAGAGGAUGAGUCUACUUCAAUUAAACAAACAGUCAAUCAAACCAAGAGAAAACAUCGAAAACGGAAAUCGAAACGGAAAACAUUAGAGGAAAGCGAUCGUUUAGCCGAUGCGGAAUUGUUGAACACAAAAUUCCUUUGUGAAACGUGCGAAAAAUUUACAUCGGAACUGCAUUCUCUUACACACAGAGAGGAUCAACACUUUCAUUGCAAUUCUUGUCCCAGUAAGUUUCGUUUCUUGAGCUAUCUGAGCGAACACAUUGACGAGUGCCAUAGAGCCGGCAUGGGAAUUCUAAAGCACGGUGCCGAUCCAGUCAAUGAACCGGUCGAUGCUCAUGUUGUAGGCGAUCCUGUACAAUCCAUGGCAGAUCAACUUCCAGUAGCGAUGAGUGUAGAUUACGAAACAGUUCCGCCUCAGCGAAUGAUAGAAAUAGACUCAAGUGUUGAAGACGACGAAUCUGAAUCGGAAGUUGAAGUGAAGCCUGUCCCGAUUCCAAGUGAAAAACUAUUUAAUGAUGAACAAUUCCGUGUAAUACCGUCAGUUGCACCCACAUGUAAACUGGUAGCGGAAGUUAAAAUUGAAGGAACCGAACUACAAAUCGAUGAAUCAGAAGAUUCAGUGUUGUUGUUUCAGAAUGUUAAUACAGGGAAUGAAGAUCCACAACCGUUAGUUGCACCUACAUGCGAACUAGUAGCAGGAAUCAAAAUUGAACAAACCGAAUCAAAAAUCGAUCAAUCAGAGGAUUCGGUGUUGUCGGUUCAGAAUGUUAAUAGAGACAAUGAGUAUCCAAAACCGUUAGUGGCACCUGCAUGCGAACUGGUAGGAGAAAUCAAAAUUGAAGAACCCGAAUUGCAAAUCGACUUGUGCGAUCAAUCAGAUGAUUCAGCGCUGUUGGUGAAAAAUGCUACUAAAAACAAUGAGCAUUCAAAAAAAGACAAUACGACUGCAAAAGGCCAAAGCGUAUGUAAGACAUGUGGCAAAAUGGUUACUAAGAUGCAUAUGAUAACUCAUAAGGCUGAUGGAAUGUUCUGGUGCUACUACUGUCCAAAGACGUUCGCCAAAUACGAUUACGUUCGGAAGCACGUUAAGUUGCACACGGAGAAGCAACGAGCCCGGAACGAAAUGGCUGCACAAAAAUAUAAUAAGACAGUACAGCCGAUCGCUUGUGGCAAUCAACAGUUUGUCGAUGCGAAUGGCUGUGAAGUAUCUAGUGAAGGUGCUUCGAAUUCAGCAACUGCUGAACUGUCGAACGAUACACAAGCCCAGCAAACUGAACCCAGCGUAGAUGAGGACAAGUUUGCAUCGAUUCGUAAAGUAGCGAAAGAUAGGUAUCUGGCGAAGUCUAAGAAACCAAGUCAUGAUUCAGAAAUGCUGUUUUGCAAAAUAUGCAAGAUAUUUGCAUCGAAACUGCAUAUAAAGACUCACAAGGCUAAGGGAUUAUUCCGGUGCCAUAUUUGUGGUAGGAUUUUUGACAAUUUUACAUAUAUUUGCAAACACAUCAGCACCCAUUCGAAGAAGUAAUAUCGAUCUUUAUUCUCAACUAAGGCGAAUUUUGAACAUUGAAAUGUAUGUCAACAAAUUUGAGAAACUUGUCAUGAAUAAUUCUCUCAGAACUAGCCAAUGAGACACAAGUAGUGGCUGGUUUCCUUCUCACCGCCGUUGGCAUCCAGGUGCUUACGUAUAAUGCAUAACAAGUCACAUAAUGAUAACCGUCUGAGAUUUGUAUGGCGGAAGACAUCUAACGCGGGUUUUCUCAAAAUACGGAACCCUACUUGAAAAAAAAUGUACCAUAUAUGCAGGAAGGUGCUAUGUCACCAAAUAUUUUUCAAAUGAAGGCAUUUAAUAUCGAAACUUUAACCGCAGAGAUAUUGAUUCCAAAAAUGUUACUGCUAGUGUACCGGUGUAAGCACCUUCAGAAAAGUUAAAGCAUGAUCUACAUAAAAACUUGAUAGGCAAUAUUAACUCGUAUUUAAAGUUUCAUGCCAUAUAAAUAGUAUUAGUAAGCAUUUUAUUCUGUUCUCAUAAAUAGUUAUUAAUUAAAAGUGUGUUGUGUGGUUGUAUAGCA